AUGCAGGCUCAGGAAGUAGGGCAGAAAAUCCAAAGUCGGUGGCCUUAUGGUAUUGUCUGGAUGAGCAUGUUUUGCACUUUGAAGCUUCACAGACCCAGUGUUAGGGGAAGCCGCUUCAAGGGUGCCAGCCAGGCCAGGGACGUCCAGGACUGGAAGAAAUGCAGGGGCAGGACCACAGCACAGGCUGAUCAGGAGGCUGCCCCACCAGGAGCUCAGCUGAAGGCUGCAUCCUCUCUGCUGAGGGCUGCAUCCUCUCUGCUGAGAGUCAACCACUGUGCUGACUCACCAUCCUUGUGGGAGCUACAAGGGGCCCAAGAGGACCUGGGCAUUUCCCUCUCUAGUCCCCGGAGGAACCAUGAAACCAGGCCAGGAAGCAAGGCUAAAGGCAGGAGCAGCAUCUGUCUUCAGGCGUCUGUUUGGAUGGCCGGAGGAAAGCUGAGGCUCAGAGCAAGUGAACAUCUAACCCAGGGCCACCAACAAGAGCUCAGGGAUUGGAACCUAGGAGAAGAUGCUUCGCUUCUCUUCUCCAAGAGUACUUUUGGGGCUGGCAAGUUGAUACAAGCUCCAGCUCAUGUCUUCAGACAAUGCUGGGUCCAAGGAAAUGCAUGGAUCUCCUGCAUUACAAAGUUUGACUCCAAGAGAAGCCCAGAAGUGGCUUCCAGCCCCUCCUACCUAACUGUGCCCCGCCGUUCACCACUUCCAGUCUUCCUGCGACCGAGUGACAGAUGUGUCUGUGGGGGCUGCUACUUGGGAAAGUCCACCAGGAGGACAGCAUGCCAAUCUCUCCUCUCAGAUCCUGGGGUUACUUUCCCCGCCCAAACUAGGCCUUGAUGUCAAGGCCUAGUUACAGGGACGUCAAACUAGGAGGUUGAUGUCAGUGUGGUGUGGAAGAUGUUGGGGAGAAGCUGCAG